UCUGCUCGGCCCAUUGGCCUGUCCGCCAUAUUGUCGGCGAAGGAGGGACGGAGCGGCGAACAUGGAAACCAUGGCGAGCCCAGCAAAAGAGAACAAUUACAGAAUGAAAAGUUACAAAAACAAAGCUUUGAACCCAGAGGAGAUGCGCCGGAGGAGAGAAGAGGAGGGGAUCCAGCUACGCAAACAGAAACGGGAGCAGCAGCUCUUUAAAAGGAGAAAUGUGGAGCUAAUUAAUGAAGAUGCUGCUAUGUUUGACAGUCCCCUGGUAGAUUCCUUGGUCAGCUCUACAAUUGGUAGUGAGGGUGUGAUCACAAUGGAGAUGGUGAAAAUGUUGUUCUCUGAAGAUCCUGAUCUUCAGUUACUAACUACCCAGCGAUUCAGGAAGCUACUUUCAAAAGAGCCCAAUCCUCCAAUCGAUGAGGUGAUAAGUACUCAGGGAGUUGUGGACAGGUUUGUUGAGUUCCUCAAGAGAAGUGAAAACAGCACACUACAGUUUGAAGCUGCGUGGGCAUUGACCAACAUCGCCUCAGGUAAUUCACUACAAACUAAGAUAGUGAUUGAGGCCGGGGCAGUCCCGAUCUUCAUCGAAUUGCUGAGUGCUGAUUUUGAAGAUGUCCAAGAGCAGGCUGUCUGGGCACUGGGGAACAUCGCUGGAGACAGCUCUGCCUGCCGUGAUUAUGUCCUAAAUUGUGGCAUCCUUCCUCCUUUGUUGUUGCUCCUCACAAAAUCUACUAGGUUGACAAUGACACGAAAUGCGGUCUGGGCUUUGUCAAAUCUCUGCAGAGGGAAGAACCCACCCCCAGAGUUUGAGAAGGUGUCGUCCUGUUUGCCGGUCUUGUCUCGCUUGCUUUUCAGCAGUGACUCAGACUUGCUGGCAGAUGCCUGCUGGGCACUUUCCUAUCUGUCGGAUGGACCCAAUGAGAAAAUCCAGGCGGUCAUAGAUUCAGGAGUGUGCCGGCGACUGGUAGAAUUGCUAAUGCACAGCGAUUACAAGGUGGCUUCCCCAGCUUUGAGAGCAGUUGGCAACAUUGUGACGGGGGAUGAUAUCCAAACCCAGGUGAUCCUAAAUUGUUCAGCUUUGCCUUGUCUCCUUCAUCUGCUUAGCAGCCCCAAAGAGUCCAUCCGGAAAGAAGCUUGUUGGACCAUCUCCAAUGUGACAGCAGGGAACAGAGCUCAGAUACAGGCAGUCAUAGACGCAAACAUCUUCCCAGUGUUAAUUGAGAUCCUGCAGAAGGCAGAAUUCCGCACCAGGAAAGAAGCGGCCUGGGCCAUCACAAACGCCACCUCAGGAGGAACACCAGAGCAGAUUAAAUACUUAGUAAACCUGGGCUGCAUUAAACCCCUGUGCGAUCUUUUGACCGUCAUGGACGCUAAGAUAGUUCAGGUGGCCCUGAAUGGCCUGGAGAACAUUUUGCGGCUGGGAGAGCAGGAGGCCAAGCAGAGUGGCACUGGUCUCAACCCCUACUGCAGCCUCAUUGAGGAAGCUUACGGCCUGGAUAAAAUAGAGUUUCUCCAGAGCCACGAAAACCAAGAGAUCUACCAGAAGGCCUUCGACCUGUACGAGCACUACUUUGGCAUUGAGGACGAUGACUCCACUCUGGCCCCCCAAGUGGAUGAAGCUCAGCAGCAGUUCAUUUUCCAGCAGCCCGAGGCCCCCAUGGAAGGCUUCCAGCUAUAACCAGUGUGCGGAGUCGAGGGGAAGAAGACCCUCCCUUUGAUGGAAAGUCAACUGCCGAGAGCCUUCCCACCCCCAGCCUCAUUUCCUUCUCUGUCACGCGGAAGGCAACCUUGCCUGCUCCACCCUCUGCCAAGCAGCUUUCUCCUUUGUGACACACAGCAGCAUCAGUUGACUCUUUUCUGGAGAGGAGAUACACUUACACACUAUGUUUCUUCCCAUCUUUUGUGCUGCACGAGUGUGUCAAAAAAGCAGGUGCUGAAGUGGAUGGAGGAGGGAGGUGUAAAUGUCUUUUAGUUUGUGGUUUUCCUCCAGGUUUCUUUUUCUUUUGUGGUGUAAUAUUUUUUUCUCCUCCGAUGAGAUGAGAUUUUUCUCUUGGGUACUUGAGAGGUGCCUUUUCCCCUCACUGGGAGAAGGCAAGAUAACCUGAAUUGUAACCAAGGAAUCUAAUCUGGAUGCUUGGAUUCAACUAUUUAAAACAAUUUGCACAUGUUAAUUUUUAUUAGAGACUUUUCUUAAUUUGCCAAAUACACCACUUUGGCCCAUAUGGGGUCUUUUUUGGGGGGGGAGGGGAAUCCUCUUGCCAAACAGCACCUUUUGAGGGAAUUGGGCCAAGUUGCUGCUGUUUUUGUCCCUCUCCUCUACUUACAUAGAUCUAAAAAAGAAAAGAAAGAAACUCUGCCCAGAGAUGCAGGCUGAAUAUCAGGUUUUGGGAAGGCUUCCCCUGUCAGGUGGGGAGAGUAAUUUAAAGAUUCAAACGAGCAACAGCUCCUGAGGCUCCAGUCUUAAGGGGAAGGCACAGAAAAAUAACUCAAAAGCACAGCUGCCUUUUUAGGUGGGCUUAACAUUUGCUACUGACUGAAGUGAACUGGGAGAAGAAACCCCCUGUGCAUCUUUACUUGAAGAAACAAAGUUGCAAAACUCAUUGGAGCCUUUUGGUUUGUGCCAUUUUUUUUAAAUUUUCUUUCUCUUGGACCACUGGGGUGGGGGCGACUUGGGCAUGGUGGAGCUGGGGGGGGGGUUAUCAUCUGCUCUCCAUGCCACCCGUCCCAUGGCCUGUGUCUUUCAGAAUUACCUCCUGCUCACAACUGUAUCGUCUACAUUUACUUCAAAAUGAAGAAGUCAAAGCUCUGUAUUUUUUAUAUAUUAUAUAUACAUGUAGACUUUGUCUCAUUUGGUCUGGGGAGGUGGGGGGGGGGCUGAUCCUCCGGAGUGCUGAUAGAGAGGAUGAUGUGGGGCAGGCCGGCCUAGAGAGUUGGCUAUACAGAGGUCACCACAGCUACAAUUCUCUCGGGUCCCCCUCUUUGCCUGUUGCACGAGCGACCCAAUUCAGAGAAUGGGCUUUCGUUGGAGACCAAUUGGGCCCUGGCUGAUUCCUCCUUCCAGAGAGAAGCCCCUGGCUGAGAGGUUCCUUCGGGGGUCUUAAGGAAAGUUCAGAGGGUGGGCAGAGCCCCUUCCUUGCUCCCCCUCCUGGGAAGAAGGUUCUCAAAGCCUUCAAGAGCAGAGAUUCAGGCAGGGGUGAAGUCAGAUGUGAAACCCUUGGGCUGUAUUUUGUAAUAGAGGUUUGCUUUUCAUUGUUUAAAAAAAUGCCAAGGAAAUUUAAUAAACUUCAUCUCUGCAUUCAGUGAGUGCAAUCCACACGCA